CUGAGAGGAGAAAUGGAGGAGCAGGCAGUUCAGCUGGACCGAGAAACCUUCUCCUGUCCGAUCUGUCUGGAUCUACUGAAGGAUCCAGUCACUACUGCGUGUGGACACAGCUACUGCAUGAAGUGUAUCAAAUCCCACUGGGAUGAAGAGGACCAGAAGGGAAUCCACAGCUGCCCUCAGUGCAGGGACACGUUCACACCGAAGCCAGCACUAAAGAAGAACACCAUGCUAGCAGCUUUAGUGGAGCAGAUGAAGAAGACUGAACUCCCAGCUGCUCCUGCUGAUCACCCAUAUGCUGGACCUGGAGACAUGGCCUGCGAUGUCUGCACUGGAAGAAAAUUAAAAGCCGUCAGGUCCUGUUUAUUCUGUCUGGUCUCUUACUGUGAGAAACACCUUCAGCCUCAUUACGAUUCAGCUCCUUUAAAGAAACACAAGCUGGUGGAGCCGAACAAGAACCUGCAGGAGAACAUCUGCUCCAAGCAUGGUAAGGUGAUUGAUAUCUUCUGCCGCACUGAUCAGAAGUGUAUCUGUUAUCUCUGCUCUGUGGAUGAGCAUAAAGGUCACGACACAGUGUCAGCUGCAGCAGAAACGACCAAUAAGCAGAGAGAGCUGGAGGAGAGACGAGGAAACAUCCAUCAGAGAAUCCAGGAGAGAGAGAAAGAUGUGAAGCUGCUUCAUCAGGAGGUGGAGGCCAUCAAUCACUCUGCUUAUAAAACAGUGGAGGACAGUGAGGAGAUCUUCACCCAGCUGAUCCGUCUCCUCCAGGAAAGAAGCUCUGAUGUGAAGCAGCAGAUCAGAUCCCAGCAGGAAACUGAAGUGAGUCGAGUCAAAGAUGUUGAGGAGAAGCUGCAGCAGGAGAUCACUGAGCUGAAGAGGAAAGACGCUGAGCUGGAGCAGCUCUCACACACAGAGGAUCACAACCAGUUUCUCCUCAACUACCCCUCACUGCCAGCACUCAGUGAGUCCACACACUCAUCCAGCAUCAACAUUCGUCCUCUGAGACACUUUGAGGACGUGGCAGCAGCUGUGUCAGAGCUCAGAGACAAACUACAGGACAUCCUGAGAGACUCAUGGACAAACAUCUCACUGAUGGUCACUGAGGUGGAUGUUCUGCUGUCAGAACCAGAACCAAAGAACAGAGCUGGGUUCUUAAAGUAUUCAUGUGACAUAACUCUGGAUCCAAACACGGCUCACACAGUACUGGCACUAUCAGAGGGGGACAGGAAGGUGACACGGAUGAAAAAGCAUAACUCUUAUCCCGGUCAUCCAGACCGAUUCACUGAUCGCUCUCAGGUUCUGAGCAGAGAGAGUCUGACUGGACGUUGUUACUGGGAGGUGGAGAAGAGCAGCUCAUGGGUUUAUGUCGCUGUCGCUUACAAGGACAUCAACAGAGAAGGAGAAGGAGAUGAAUGUUUAUUUGGAGGCGAUGAGAAAUCUUGGGCUUUGGAUUGUCAAGAAAAGAGUUAUAAACUGGUACACAGAAGAAUCCGAACCGCCGUCUCCGGUCCGGUUUCCUCCAGAGUGGGAGUGUACCUGGACCACGGAGCAGGCCUCCUGUCCUUCUACAGCGUCUCUGAAACCAUGACUCUGAUCCACAGAGUCCAGACCAGAUUCACUGAGCCGCUGCUGGCCGGGCUUUGGGUUGGCCCAGGAUCCGCUGCAGAGUUCUGCAAACCCAAAUAGAUCUGACUGUUGAUCAGGGUUCAUCGUUAUAACGUUUUUAUUUUUCUGGGUUAAAUGUCCAGGAAUCCUGAAGGAUAUCACUACUGGUGUUUUCUUUCACUUUUAUAUGAGAAAAAUGUCUCCACAUGAAAAUCUAAACUUCCACGGACUAAUAACUCUGCAUUAAUAUUUGUGCUGCAUUAAUAUUUGUGCUGCAUUAAUAUUUGUGCUGCUUGGAUGUUGAUUUAAUCAACUUGUCUUGAAAUGAAAUGAACUUGCUGCUGUUUUCUUGAUAUUAGAAAACGGAAACUAUUAGCCUAGCCAUCUCCUUCUGAAUACUUUAAAUAAGAAAAAUAAAUGUCUGCUGUUCCGUCUCUUUUGCUUUAUUCAAUAAAAGUACUUGA